CAUUCUCAUCGUCUUAAUGAAAAUACCAAUGAUUUCUUCAAGUCGUACGUCAGUUGGUAUUUUUUGUGCACUAUAACCUUUUUUAUCUUCGGGAGUAUAAUGUUCAUAUGCAUUAAUUGGCCGGCCUAUGAUGUUAUUUCUGAGCCAUGUUUGAUUGCCGUUGGAUGCAUGCAAGUGUUGGGCAUGUAUAUCGGUGUCGGUCUUAAAAUGAAACGAGUCAAACAAUUGCAUCUUUGCCUACAAGAACUGAUUGACAAAAUUCCCGAUGAUGACGAACAAACAUACUAUUUAUACUGGAAUACGGAGCAAAAAUGUCGCGAUUUUUCUGCGAAAUUUGUCAAAUUUAUUGUUGUCAAUCAGCUAAUGUUUGUGGCUGCUCUGUUUUUCUCCAUUUAUUGUAUGAUCGUUGGAAAUUUCGACACUUCCACCUGGAUUUUGCCAUUCGAAUGUUGGGUGCCAUUUAGCACGGAAACCCCUUAUGGAUAUUAUUUGAAGUGGUUCAUUCAGUUCAGUAUGGGUAUCGCUUAUUCUUCAUCACAGGUUACAAUUACGGCGUAUUUCGUUUGCUGUUGCCAUUACAUCGUUUCCAUUUGUGACCACUACAAAUUUGUAAUGAAAUUGAUCGGAUUGGAGACAGAAAAAAAUCAAGAGGAAAAAAGUCCGUUGAUUCAUCAGAAGAGAAAUUACGAAAUUAGAAGAAAACUGGCCGAAGCGAUUAAUAUUCACAUGAAAUCAUAUGAGGUUUUUAAUAUGGUUGCAGAUGUAAACACUGGUGUCAUUUUCGCCCUCUUGCCCGCCAACACCUUAUUGCUGGCAUUUACAAUGUUUAACACCGAACAUACUACCUUUGAUUUGGUCAUGUUCGUAUGGCAUAUAAUAAGCAUUGCGUGCGCCUUAAUUUGGCCAGCUCUUUUCUGCUACUUUGCAUCGCAUACAAGUGAAAAUGUUAUAAGUAUGGGCGUUCCGUUGCUGAAAUGGUAG